AUUACACUCGUGGCCGUCUCAGUUUCAAUUAACUUUUUCUAUAAUGGUGCGUGUUUUCUUGUCUAGUUUUAAAGCACAGCACUGUAUAUAAAGGAAGCAAUUGAUGAAGCCGUGCAUUGCCAAUCACACAGUAAAAGGAUACAUAAGAGAGCAGAAGAAAAGAUGUCAGUGAUUGCUGCAAACUGGAAAGCUCUCAGCGGCGAGAACAACUGGAGAGGUCUUCUGGACCCAAUCGACGAUAAUCUCCGCCGCUAUCUUAUUCGCUAUGGUGAACUGACUAGAGCUCUUACAGAUUCUUUCAAUGAUGUGAGGGAAUCCAAUGCAUACGCACUAUGCCGAUAUCCACCAGAGAAAUUCGCCAAAGUUGGCCUACAAAUUGCCAAUCCAUUCGAAUACCAAGUGACUGACUACAUUUAUGCGAGAUCAGAUGUUCAAAUCUUAGGAUAUGUCACUUUUAUUGGGUUUGUUGCUGUGAGUACUGAUGAAGGGAAUCGUUUUUUAGGAAGAAGAGAUAUUCUGGUUGGCUGGAGAGGAACAGCCUUGCUCAUUGAACGGUUUGAACAUAUUACCUGGGAUCAAUUGUCCGCAUCAGACAUUUUUCCUAAUUCCGAUGCUAAUGGUUUCCACAAUAUCUACACAUCAAAAGAUCCCAACUCCGUAUACUCCAAGUCCAGUGCCAGAGAGCAGGUUCUAGCUGCGGUUAGGAGAGUCGUAGACAAGUACUAUACAGCUGAUCCAAAUGAGGCUGUGAGCAUCACUGUAAUCGGCCACAGAUUGGGCGGAUCUCUUGCAACCUUGAAUGCAAUGGACAUAGUUGCUAAUGGAUAUAACAAGCCAACUGGAUUAAAUAUCGAAUAUCCAGUCACUGCCUUCGUUUAUGCCGGUCUCCGUGUAGGAAACAAAGGCUUUCUUGAUGUAUUCUCGCGAUUAAGAAAUCUUCAUCUGCUACGUAUAAAUAAUGCUAUGGAUCCUUUGCUCCAUCUUCCUCCUGAGAAAUUAGUUUUUAUCCAUUUCUAUGAAGAUGUUGGUGUGUUGUUUAAGUUUGACACCAAGGUUUCACCAUAUAUAAAAGCGAUAAAUGUUUGGACGGGUCGCGUAAAAUAUCAUGAUUUCAAUCUUUAUCUUCAUGGAAUUGCAGGUUAUAAAGAGAAGGGUGAAGCUUUCCACUUGGUCAUCAGUCUUGAUCUUGCACUUGUGAAUAAAUAUAACGAUCUAUUAAAGGACGAUCAUAACGUGCCACCAAAAUGGUGGAGUAAUAUGAUGAAUAAAGGUAUGAUUCAGAUGAGUGAUGGAUGGAAGCUGCUUGACUAUAUGCCAGAUCCUCCAAAGGUUGAUGUUUCUGACAGUUGCCCUGAUCAGUAAUUAUUACAUUCGCAAUGAAGUGCGAAAGAUAUUGCCUACACUGGAUUGUAUAUACACUAUUCCAUAUGGACGGUGGAUCCACCUCAUGUGAGAGCGAAUGGAUAGUCAAGGAAAGUGUGGCAGCCAUUAAGACCUUUGCACUGUAUAUAUGAGAGGGAAGGUUAGCUAGGGCAUGUGUUGCUUUUGCUCGUUCGUGCUUAUCUAUGAUAUGUGAUGUUUUUAAUAAUAGAUGAGUUAACCUUUGCUUGCUCUACCUAUAAGGGGCUUAUUUGAUUCCAUCAAAUCAAAUGUAUUAGAAAAUUCGAUUCGACUUGCUUAAA